AGAAGCAGUGACUUCAGAGAAAAGGAGCCGUCUUCGUCUUUUCCUCCGGAGCCGUACCGCAGAACUGCAAGUGGCACUCCUGCUGGACAUUUGCAACCAACAGUUAGAUAUUGGAGUGGAGAAGCACCAUCAGACGCUGUCGUUCGUCCCAGUCAUCCGCCAGUCAGCGAUCCUCGUCUUUCAGUAACUUCUGAUCCACGUGUCCCUCAUGUCAGCGACCCUCGUCUCGCUUUGCCCGGCGAUCCUCGUUUUCCAUCUGCCGAAGGUUUAUCAAAGCAAGCAGCUCCUGUUAAAGAUAUCGCAGCAAAAGAAUCCGUUGCGAAUGUGACUGUCACUGGUACGCCGUCUUCACGAUCUGCUGAGCGUCGCGCUCCAAGUAACGGUUGCUUUACUCGCAGUUUAAAACUGUAA